AACUGGAUUGCAACUAUACAGAAACCCCUCGCACGCAUCUCGCAAAAUAGUGUUGUUUCUGUUGAGUGAGAAGAAAGGCUUCUUCGGCGUAUUAAUUUAUGUUGACGCAAAUUAUCAAUAUGUGCACUAAACUCAUUAAUUAUAGUGAGUGUAGCUAUCAUAGUGAGUGUAUAUCAUAAAAAUAUGGCAAGUUAAUCAGUACUUGCUUCUAAUGAAAUUAGGAUAAAAAUAUUGUAUCAAAACAACAUGGCUGACAAAGAAACUGUUGUGUGAUUUAUUUAUAUGACAGUUCCACAUAAUCGAAGAAAUACAGUUUAAGUUAUUCAAUUCGGCCACUAUAUUCACACUUGAAUUAUCAAAUUAUUGCAAUCUAUUCCGUGAAGAAUACAUUCAGCAAAGCCGCAUCACUACAGACCGGCUUCAAUGAAUCAAAGGUGAGAGGGACAUCGUAAGGAGCUGAACACGACUCAAGAAGCCGCUAUGCCCGUCCUACUGUGGUUUAAUUUGCUACUUUUGGUUAGCUUUUCAACUAAGAUAAUGAGUGCAAUGAGCGAUGGACCUAGACAAAAUACUACAUCAGCAUUUCCAUCACAAACAAUAAUCGCUCAGUUUUCGCUCAGGAAUAACUCAUAUUUCACUCAUAUGAUUUACGAUAGACGAAGGAAUCAACUUUAUGCCGGAGCCACCAAUAGGAUCUUCCAACUUGAUGCUAACUUAAAACAAUUAAGUGAGGCAAUCACAGGCCCGAAACUAGAUUCUCCACAGUGUCAUGCAGGCGGAUGUUCCUCAGAUGAUGUGGAAACGUAUGAAACCAGCAAUCAUAACAAAGUAUUAAUCUACGAUUUUCUGGGUGACUCUUUAAUUGCUUGUGGAAGCAUCCAUCAAGGCGCAUGUGAAAUUUACUAUCUCAGUGGAAGGUUUCCGGAUUCAUCUAAAUACUUGGAAGUAGCUUUGGCAGCGAAUGAUGAAUUCUCUUCAACGUACGCAUUUAUUGGGCCAAGUAAAUAUCAAUCCUGGAGAAAAGAAGAUAUACUCUACGUCGGAACCACUUUCACAAAUGUUGGCGAUUAUCGCCACGAUGUUCCAGCGAUUUCAUCUCGCAAACUAGAUGAUCUCAAUUACGCUGAAUUUUCAAUCCAGCAAUCGAACAUUAAUAUCGAUGUGAAAUACCGUGAUCAUUUUCUCGUGAAUUAUGUGUACGGAUUCAAUAGUUCCGAAUACGCUUAUUUCGCCAUCGUACAGAAGAAAUCUCAUUUGGCGGAUGAAGCUGGGUUUAUCACAAGAUUGGCGCGAAUUUGUGUAAACGACCCCAACUAUGAUAGCUACACAGAGGUGACCAUAACAUGUCUAGCGGAUGAUAUUGAUUACAAUAUACUGAAAGAUGCAAAGAUAACACAAGCAGGAAUUAAGUUAAGUCAAGAUUUGGGUAUCAAAAAGGAUGACUACGUAUUGGUCGCAGCCUUCUCGCCGUCGAGAGAAAUUUCAAAUGAACCCCAAAGUGCGUCAGCAGUGUGUCUCUAUAGUUUAGCCGAUAUUGAGGAAAUAUUCAAUGAAAAUAUACAUUCCUGCUUCAACGGUAGUAUAAAAGAUAGGAAUCUUGGCUAUAUUUCCGGCACCAUAAACGACGGAAAAUGUCCUGUAGUAGGGUCUAUUGGGAAUAUUUUCAGCUUUUGCCAUGUUGGUCUGAAAAUAAGUGGUGUAACUCCAAUUGUAGCCCGUUCCGUUUUCAACUUUCCUAAUGAAUCGAUCACCUCUGUUACGACAACCAAUACAGGACCGCACACAUUGGCGUUCCUAGGAACAGAGGACGGAUUUAUUAAAAAGGUUCUGAUGUCGGGAUCCGCAGCGGGAGAGUAUGAACAAAUCGAAAUAGAUAGUGGACAUAAAAUAUUACCGGAUACAAUGCUUUCAUCAAAAUCUGAUUUCUUAUAUGUGCUGUCUGAGAAAAAAAUAACAAUGAUGCAAGUCGAACAUUGUGCCACAUUUUCAAAUUGUUCGAGCUGUUUGGAGUCAAGAGAUCCUUUCUGUGGAUGGUGUUCACUUGAAAAACGAUGUACCGUACGAAACGCUUGUCAAAAAGAUACCAGCACUGCCCGCUGGCUUUCUAUUAGCACUGGUCAGCAAUGCAUUGAUUUUGAGAUGGUGUCGCCGGAUAAGAUUCCGAUUAAUCAAAUGUCAACUGUUUAUCUGAUUAUUAGAACUUUACCUGAAUUGCCGCUGAAUGCCAAAUAUAAGUGUGUAUUCGGUAACUCAACGCCAAUUGAUGCCAAUGUGACUAACGAUGGUCUUGUGUGUAUGACUCCUCCGAUGGAUAAGCGUCCGGUUUUAAGCUCGAAUUCAGAUCACAUCAUGGUACCUCUCAGUGUCCGAAGCUCCGAGACUAAUAAAGACUUUGUAUCACGUAAUUUCGCAUUCUAUGACUGUUCCCGCCACGAAUCCUGCAGGAAAUGUCUCCGUAGUCAAUGGGGAUGUAAUUGGUGCAUAUACGAUAAUAAGUGUGUGUACAAUACUUCUACAUGUCGUAACACUGGUGGCAUUGUUACAAAGGAAGAUGUGUGUCCUCAUUUCAAGAAGAAAUCUCAAUUAAUUUUACUACCCAACAAGGUACCGAAGGAAAUCAAGUUAGAAAUAGAAAACUUGCCACGGCCACAGAGCUCCCACACUGGAUUCCUCUGUACUGUUAAUAUUGAAGGUGCUCACAUGGUAUUACCAGCACGUGUCGAAUCCAAUAAGUAUGUCGUGUGUGAAAAGACACCGUACUCAUAUGAAGCAAAUGUAAAUGAAUACGAAGCAAAAGUUGAUGUAAACUGGAAUCGUAACCACUAUAUAGACACAACGUCAAUUAUUUUGUAUAAAUGUGAUGUUCUCGGGUCACACAGAGAACACGCGGAUUGCAGUCUGUGCGUAACACGCGAUAAAAAAUAUCAAUGCACUUGGUGCAAUAAUCAGUGUGUAUUUAACGAAACAUGUUCUCCUGAUGCUCGCUUGAAAGACUGUCCGAGGCCUAGAAUAGAUCUCAUCAAACCUUUGAGUGGGCCGAUAGAAGGGGGCACCUUACUUACUAUAGAAGGCAGUAAUUUGGGCAUACGCGAGGAAGAUGUACGUGGAAAAAUUCGAAUUGGUAACGUUCCGUGUGAAUUAGUGAGUUAUGAAAUAUCAGUCAAAAUUGAGUGUCGAACAGGACCGGUUUCGGAAGAGAUGACAGCUUCGAUCAAAGUUGGGAACGAAGCAGGUUACACUGAGUCUAGCGUUCAAUUUCAGUAUAAGAAUAUAAAAUUAACCGGUCUGUUUCCGACAAUGGGACCGCAGUCUGGAGGUACGAAAGUUUCUAUCAUAGGAAAAUAUCUCAACAUUGGAUCGACAAUAGUAGCAUAUUUGGAUGAUUAUAUUUGUCACAUCAAUACUACCCAAGCAUCAUCCAGGAGAUUAACUUGUAUCACAUCAGCUGCACGUUCGCCGGAACACAUUCGCACUUUGACACUGUUGGUAGAUGGUGCUAAUCGUACUUUGAAAUGUGGCGAUGAGAACCAACGGAGUACUAUAAGUCGAAAUAAUUAUCACUAUCACAGCCAUUAUGAAACCUGUAGUGUGUACAAUUACACUGUUGAUCCUAAAAUACUGCAGAUCAAACCCUUGAAAAGUUUCAUGAGCGGCGGCAGAAUGAUGACUGUUCACGGUACAAAUUUGGAUUCUAUUCAGGUACCGGAAGUUGAGGUGUAUUAUGAAGAAGAACGAAUAAAUAAAUCCAUCUGUACAGUGUUGAAUUCCAAUCAAAUGGAAUGUCCCUCACCGGCCGUAAAUUUGAAAUUUAUUUCGCAUAUGAAGCAUAUAGAUCAAAUUAAUGACAAUGUAAUUGCUGGUGGCAAUAAAAGUAGGACACAGAAUCGCAGAAGCAUAAUAACGACAGAAUCAUCUUUUCUAUCAACAGCAGAGACGUUGCUAACUGAUAAUCCCGCACUGACCAUGUCAAUCUUUCCAUCUAACCAGUUCCUCUCAUCGAACGAGUUACAAACAGCUACAUCACUUUUACACACAGCAAUGACCGCCGCAAAUCCGCCAAUUGCUUUGAAGAUGCUUGAAAAUCAAAUAGCGUUCCAACUUAGUUUCAUCAUGGAUAACGUGCUUUCAGUGAAGAAUCUCAACAGUCACUUUCAAAACUUAAGGUCAACCAUGGUGUAUGUUGAGGAUCCUAUAUAUUUCCAAUUUCCAGGGUUCAAAAAAUUGUAUAAAGGAGACACCCUAGUUAUUGAAGGGGAAAAUCUUAAUAUCGCUAGUGAUGAAUCAGAUGUGAACGUUACUAUCGGCACCAUGCCGUGUAAUGUCACUAGUUUGGCUCUCACACAGUUGGUUUGCACACCGCCUGAUCAACAACCCUUGCCCACUGAUGAAAAUGGAAAUGAACAGACGUCUCAAGAUUUACCGUUAGUAGUGGUGCGCGUGGGUCAGAAUCUCCGUUUUCAAAUAGGUUACUUGAAAUACGAGCUAUUGAAACCAUACACCUUUUCACAUGUUCUGUUCGGAAUUAUUGUCGGUACAAUUUUGAUCGUAAUAUCAUUGGUUGUUAUACUAAUCAUCUACCGGCGGAAAAGUACUCAAGCGGAACGAGAAUAUAAACGCAUACAGAUACAGAUGGAUACCUUGGAGAGCAACGUCAGAAUGGAAUGUAAACAAGCUUUUGCAGAAUUGCAAACGGAUAUGACUGAUUUAACAGCGGAUUUGGAGAAUAGUGGGAUCCCUACCUUAGAUCAUGUCAAUUAUAUCAUGAAAGUAUUUUUCCCUGGAGUCACCGAUCAUCCGAUAUUAAACUCGUCUAAAUUUCGUUUAAACAUGCCUCGAACCAACUAUGAUCAAGCAAUGUUGCAAUUUGAGCAACUUAUCAACAACAAAGUGUUUCUUCUGAUAUUUAUCGAGACGUUGGAAGCACAGAAAACGUUCAGCAUACGUGAUAAGGUCAACGUUGCAUCUUUGCUUAUGAUAGUUCUUAUGAAUAAAAUGGAGUACGCUACAGAUGUGUUAAAAUGUUUACUCCUACGUUUGAUCGAUAAGUCUGUGGCAACGAAACAUCCCCAGUUGAUGCUUCGACGAACCGAAAGCGUAGUGGAGAAAAUGUUAACGAAUUACAUGGCUAUAUGCAUGUACGAUUAUUUGAAGGAGUACAGUGGCAACUCUCUAUUUUUACUUUAUAAAGCAAUAAAACAUCAAAUAGAAAAAGGAUUGGUAGAUGCAGUUACACAUGACGCUCGUUACUCGUUGAGUGAAGAACGGUUACUCCGAGAACAGAUAAUGCAUAGCAUUGUUACUUUGCAUAUAAUACAAGACGAUUUGGAUGAAAAAAUUCAAUGUAAAGUUUUAGACUGUGAUACAAUUACUCAAGUAAAAUCUAAGAUACUCGAUGCAUUGUUCAAAAAUACGCCCUUCUCAAUGCGUCCGACUGUUCAUGAUCUAGAUCUCGAAUGGCGCCAUGGCCGCGGUGGUCAUCUGACAUUACAGGACGAGGAUCUCACAACAAAAACUGUAGGAGGAUGGAAACGAAUAAACACCUUAGCACAUUACGGCAUUAAAGAAUCGGCAGUCAUGUCGCUUAUAGCGAGACAAAAUGAUAACUAUAACAACUUCAGCAAUAAGCAACCGUAUCCAAACUGUUAUUAUAUCAAUAAUUCAUCAUCUCACAUUUCUAUGAAUGGCGAUCUCCACCAUACACAGUCACUGCCGCAAAACCAUCUUCUAAAUUUCCAGCAACAAAUGCAACAGCAGCAUCUACAUAUAUUCCACCUUGUAAAGCCGAUUGAUGAGAAAUCUUCAUUAGGACAGCAACAGUGUCUAUACGAAAGGACACAUAAGGCAAUUCCAGAAAUCUUUCUAACCAGGUUGCUAGCAACCAAAGGCACUAUUCAGAAAUUUGUAGAUGAUUUCUUCGGAACUAUAUUAACAGUAAACAAUCUUCCACCCGCUGUGAAAUGGAUUUUCGACAUUCUGGACGAUGCCGCGAAGCGACAUGGUAUCAUUGAUCCUGAUGUCGUGCAUGCAUGGAAAUCGAACAGUUUACCUCUAAGGUUUUGGGUGAACUUCAUCAAAAAUCCGGAUUUCAUAUUCGACAUAAACAAAUCUCCCAGCGUUGAUGCUUGCCUUAGUGUUAUAGCGCAAACGUUUAUGGACGCGUGUUCCACUACGGAAUAUAGACUCGGGAAGGAUUCACCAUCGAAUAAACUUCUUUUUGCUAAAGAUCUGCCACAAUACCGGGAGAUGGUCGCCAGUUUUUAUGCUGAAAUCGCGCAUAUGCCACAAAUAAGCGAUCAAGACAUGUGCACAGCCAUGCAGCAGCUAUCUAUCCAACAGCAGGAGGAAUUCGAUGUAAUUUCAGCACUGAAAGAACUUUACAUAUACGUGACUAAAUAUAGGGAUUUGAUCGUAGAUUCAUUGGAUUUAGAUAUUCAUGCAAAGAAAAUGCAUUUAUCGCAUAAACUCGAAAAUGUCGCCUGUACGUUAGAAGGACAAAGUUAUUUAUAAUGCGAAUAAUUUACUGUCGAACCAGGUGCAAGGAUCGCAACGCUGGUUGAGGAAUACAAGAAGAUUGUGAGCUAUUCAUCAUUGGCGUGGCUGUUUUCAAUUCGGAUGGACAUUGCAUUAACUUUACAUUCAUAGACUAACUGUAGUACGUACUAUUUGUAAUGCCAUCGGUUUGUAUUUUUAUUCCUUAAUAUGUGUAGUAGUUCUAAUAUUAGGGCUAGCUUCAGUUGAUAUUAUUUAUGUAUUGUUUUCGAUUUUACAACUCACUAUAUCAAUACAAUCAUUAUCCGCUAGCGUUUUUGACUGAAUACCAUUUUGAAACGGCAUUUGUAUAUAAGCAUUAAAGCACCAUUUUCCAUCCGUUUUAUAAGUCCUAAUUUGAAACUUGUAGCUAGGCGUCCAUAAAAAUGAAUGAGCCUUAAUGAAAAUCAAAUACACGAAACAAACUGAAUGAAUACUCAA